ACGUCAGACAAAAACAGUGCAUCAGCUUGUACUUCCGGAGUCACGCUUCUGCCAUGUGCAAUGGUGGAAAGGUAACAACGAAUCUGCUUUUAGUAAACGUGAAUGCGAAAAAGAAACCGUCUUUUUUCGUUUCUUGAACAAAGAAUAGCAAACUUCCACAGGACAUGGAAUGCGUUAGGCCAGUUGUAAGUAAAAUACUGAAACACCACUAAGUAAGUGACGUAGUCUGCUUAGUUAGCUAUCGUUAGCUAAAAGUUAGUUUUCGCCAUGACUCUGUACUUCAAAGCCGCUGAGAUCUUAGAGAAAGCAGAGAGGAAGCAGGGUGCUUUGAAAACUCUGGUCUACGACAGCAAAUUUGUGAACAUCAAGCAGCUGUUUGCCCUGGUUUGUGAAACCCAGAAGUUUUCAUCCAUCCUGGAGGAGAUCAUCGAGUCCACCAAGCUGCUCAAACAUACCAAGCUGAAGAUGCAUCUGGCCAAGGUUCUGGUGUAUGACUUGGUGUUGGGUCAGGGGCUGAAGUGCGGCGGCUCCUGGAAGUCCAUGUUGAUGAAGCAUCGCCCCAGACUGCAGGCGGUCCUGGCCCGCAUAAAGGUGAAGCAUAAGGUCAGCAAAAAUGAAGAGCUCCUCCCGACCAGUGUCCAGCGACUUGUCGGGAAUCAGCUACCUAGAUAUGUACGUGUGAACACCCUGAAGACCACCGUGGAGGAUGUUGUGGAUUAUUUCAAGAGGGGUGGCUUAUCCUACCUGGGACAGGCUUCCAGGCUGGAUGACUUGACCCUGAAGGAGAAGGAGUUUGUGAGGGACAUACACCUACCAGAGCUGCUGGUCUUCUCUCCUAAAACUGACUUCCAUGACCACUUCCUGUACAAAGCCGGCCACAUAAUUCUGCAGGACAAAGCCAGCUGCCUCCCUGCCUACCUCCUCAACCCCCCGCCUGGCAGCCAUGUUAUCGAUGCCUGUGCUGCUCCUGGCAACAAAUCCAGCCACCUGGCAGCCAUUAUGAAGAACAAGGGCAGGCUGUUUGCCUUUGAUUUGGAUGCCAAGCGUCUGGCCACCAUGUCAACUCUCCUUCUGCGAGCUGGUAUUACCUGUCAGCAGCUGGCCAACGAGGAUUUUCUGAAGGUGGACCCUGGCAGCCCGCAGUAUAAAGAUGUAGAGUAUAUCCUGCUGGAUCCGUCCUGCAGUGGAUCAGGUAUGGUGUGUCUCCAGGACGAUGCCUCCUCUGCUGACGAGGAGAAGACCCAGGCUCGUCUGGCCUCCCUGGCCUCUUUUCAGCUGCGAUGCCUGAACCACGGUCUCAGGUUUCCUGGGCUGAAACGCCUGGUCUACUCCACCUGCUCCAUCCACAGCCAGGAGAACGAGGAAGUCGUAACAGCCUGUCUGCAGCAGAACCGUGGCUUCAGGUUGGUUUCUCUGCUUCCACAGUGGCCUGAAAGAGGCCUGGAGCCACUAACUCAGUGUCUGCGUGCCAGCACCACCAAAACCCGCACACACGGCUUCUUUGUGGCUCUGCUAGAGAAACACAGUGAUGCUGGGAAAAAGGAGGAGGAACCAGCAGUUAAGAUGAGCGACGUGCAGGUGGCACCACACAGCCCGUCCGUCUGUGAGAAGAGACCUGCUGCUUCAGAAGAAGAGUCUGAAGCUUCAGAGAUGGACGACAAACCAACACCUGCAGCAGGAGAGGCUGACAGCACACCUGGCAAGAGAAAGAGGAAGAGGAAGAGAAAGAAGAAGAAGAAGGCGACGAAAGCAGCAUCAUCCGAGUCAUAAGAAAGUGCUGCUUGUUACCUGGAGGGAAAGCUCUCUAUGUAGUUGGGCUCUAUUAAUUUCAUGACAUGUGGAGAAUUUAACUAAAAAGUAAAAAUUAUUUUUUACUGUG